ACAGGACAAACAACAUCUCUCUCUUCAGCUCACUUACCUUGGUCGAGUGGAGAAAGAGGAGAGUUUUAUAAAGCUUAAGAUACACACUCCCUCUUUCUGUCUCUGUUUAGACAUGGCAAGGGCUUGGCUUAUUGAUAGUAGAACAAUUGCAAGUAAAGUAAGAAAUCCCGCUAGAACUUCUGCUUAUCAGAUCAAAGGCUAUGGAGCACAUCGUGAAUGCCCAAAUUGCCAUCAUUGUAUAGAUAACAGUGAUGUUUCUCAUGAUUGGCCUGGUCUUCCUGCUGGUGUAAAGUUUGAUCCAUCUGAUGCAGAGCUGUUAGAACAUUUAACAGCAAAAUGUGGUGUUGGAAACUCAAAACCACACUCAUUUAUUGAUGAAUUUAUUCCUACUCUAGAUGAGGACAAGGGAAUUUGCUAUACUCAUCCAGAAAAACUUCCUGGUGCCAAGAAGGAUGGAAGUAGCAUUCAUUUUUUUCAUAGGACAAUUAAUGCUUACUCUACUGGACAAAGAAAGCGUCGAAAGAUCCAUAAUGAACAAGGUUCGAAUGAGGAGCAGGUUCGCUGGCACAAGACAGGCAAGACCAAAUCUGUAAUGGAAAAUGGAGUACAAAAGGGUUGCAAAAAAAUCAUGGUUCUUUAUAGAAGUUCAAAGAAGGGGUCCAAGCCAGAUAAGUCCAAUUGGGUGAUGCAUCAAUACCAGUUGGGGACCGAAGAUGAUGAAAAAGAAGGUGAAUAUGUAGUCUCCAAAAUUUUCUAUCAGCAGCAGAAGCAAAAUGACAACAGUGGUGAUGGUCCUGUUAUUGAAGAUGCUGAUGUUUUAGCACUUCAAGCUAGUCCAAGGACCCCCAAUACAAAUCCUCCCAAUCCACCACGACCAAAGAAAUCUGAUACGUGUGAAGAUGUUGCUGAUGAGAAGAAGGUAGUGCCGUCUUCUCAAGUGGAACCAGGCAUUAUUAAAAAAGAAUUUGAGGUCCCUGUACCUGAUGUGCAGCCUGAAGAUGAUGAUGUGGGAUAUGCAACAUGGUUGGCCGGUGAAUCUCAGGCUGUAGAAAACUCUGAUUUCAGUGGCAUUGAUGAUUCUUUGUUGUGCAAAGAAAUUUUAGAUGGUUCUUCUCUCCUUUUCAAUAGUUCAGGACUAAAUAAUGUCUCCUGCACUAGCAUUGCUAGCAAUACUAAUCAAUUAACUACAAGAAAUAAUGAUACAUCUUAUGGAAUUGCUGACCUUGAGAACCUGGAGCUUGACACUCCACCAGAUUUCCAAUUUGGUGAUUUACAGUUUAGUUCUCAAGAUAGCAUUCUUGAUUGGUUGGAUCGAAUAUGAAGAUACAUGGCAAAGCCUUGCAGCUCUAGUAUGCAGCUGAAGCUGUGGUUUUUCCCAGCAUUUUCUUUAGAUGCAUAGAGUCAGCUUGAUUAAACAAUUGGCCUUGAAGGUAUAGGUGCUUGUUUGUUUCCCGUUGGAUUUUUUGGAAUUGAAGUCUACAAAGCUUUCAUAUGAGAGCUUCUGAGUUUUGUCAAGGGUCUUAAGACUGAUAUAGCUAUGGAUUCAAGAUAUCAGUACCAGAAGUUGCUACUGCUGUAGUUGGUAGAAAUUAAUGGUUUUUUAUGUUCUGGCCUUUGUGUUCUACAUCCUAAUCCUUGUAAAAAUUUUCUGAAUUUGGUGAUUGUUGUAUAAAUACUAUUGAAUUUGUGUUAGAGAUGUAUCUGUUGCUUCCAUGGCUGUUUCUGUUUGAAGCAAAUCUCAUAUGAAAACUGAAAACCAUGGCAGCAACAAUUAAAUCUUUGUCAACGCCUUUAAGAAUCUAUAUCUAGUUAUUUACUGAA